GCUAGCAGACAUUUGUAAUGUGUCACAACUGAUGAAUAGAUUGCGGACUUAGACUCAACGUGUGGACCGACCCGGCAAUUGUCGGCUCGAGACGCCUUGGGCGCGGCGCAACACCUGCAGCCGCCAGCCGCUGGCAAUUUGUUGCAUACUCGUUUCCUAUUACCAGCUCAUAGUAUCUGGUCGUCCGCGUUGCUUGGGGCGUCCCGAACAGUGCUGGGCCUACGCCAGGUGUGCAGCGAUGUUGACUGCCUCUGGGGCAGCUCCGCAAAAAAUGAGGUGUGCCGCCGCUGCGGCUGCGGCGCGCUCAGCGCCGCGGCCGUGUGUCCGCCCCUCUGCCGCAUCCAUCCACACCCGGGCACCAGGCGGCCGGUUCCUGCGUGCCCCCGCCUCAGCCACAGCGGCAGCUGCAGCCACCGCACCGCAGGGCACCGUUGCUGCAGAGGCCGCGAUUGCGCCUGUCUCCAAGCCGGCGCCUGCCCCCGCCCAGGCGGCGGCGCCUGCGGCGGCAGCUCCCACCCAUACACCACCCACCUCAGGGCGCGGCGAUGCAGCUCAGGAGCCGGCGCUACCUUCCGGAACUGCCACGGUGGUGGCAGGGGCUGGUGCCGCCAGCACUGGACGUGGGCGCAGCAGCGGGGGUGCGGGCCGCGGCGGCGGCCGGGGCGGCCGCGGCGGCCGGGGUGGCCGGGGCGGUGGGCCUGCCGCGUUCCAAACCGGCGCGGGCGCGGGCGGGGGUGCAGGCGGGGGUGCCGUGAUGGCUCCGGCGGUGACGGCGGAGCUGCAGGCCAUGCGGCAGCAGGUGUCACUGCUCACGGCGCUGCUUCAGGAGCAGCAGCGGCGGGAUGCGGAGUUGCGGCAGCAGCUGAGCUCGCUGCUGUCGGCAGUGGCGGCUGGCGGCGCGGGCCCGAGCAGUGCGGCCCUGGCCGCGGCGGCAGCAACGGCAGCGGCGGCGGCGCCGCCGCCGGUUGCAACGGGGCUGGCGACCGGAGACCUGACCGGUCGCGCAUCUGAUGUGGCGACACCGGUCUCUUUGGAGGCUACGAAAUCUGCUGCUGCCAGUGCUACUGCCUCAGCGGCGCCGGCUCCCGCUGCUGCUACUGCCAGUGCUGCUGUGACUGCCGCCGCUGACGCUCUGGCACUGGACGAGCAGCUGGCGGCGGAGCUGCAGUCCCUGAUGGCGGCGGAGCUGGGGGCAGCAGCCGCCAGCAGCGGCAGUAGCAGCAGCAGUAGCAGCAGAAGCAGAAGCAGUGGCGGCAUCAAAAGCGAUAACAGGAGGAGCGCUAACGGCAACAGCGUCGGGCCGGCAGCUGGGGUUGGCAAUAGCGACAGCACCAUCGCCACCACUACGGCCACUGACGCAGCCCCACAACUUUUGGAUCUGGAUUUGGACUUGGAUCUGGGGCUGCAGCAGGAGCUCAUGCAGGCCAUGGCGGCGGAGCUGGCGGCGGCGCAGGCGGCGGCGGCGGUGCUGCAGGCGGCGGCGGUGCCGGUGGUGGCAGCGGCGGCGCCGUCGGCGGCUGUUGCGGAGAAGGGAGAGGCGGCGGCAUCGGCAGGCCACGCAGACAAGCACCAGGCUCGCGCCGCCUCAACCUCUGCCUCGGCCCCUGCCUCUGCCUCUGCCCGGGAGGCGGCUGCUGCCCCGGCGGUGGCGACUGCCGCUGCCCCGGAGGACGCUGCCGGCGUGUCGGCGCUGCUGGCGCGCAUACGGGAGGUGUCGUCCAACAUCGCAGCGUUGUCGCAGUCCGCUGCCGCCUCGGGUGUGGAGCUGCCGGCGGAGCUGCUGCGGCAGAUUCAACUGCCCAACCUCGACACACUACUGGCGGCAACGACAACUGCCGCAACCGCAACCGCAGCAACCGCCGCCGCCACUGCCGCGCCGUCAUCAACGCCAAUGGCUUCGGCCACGGCAGCCGACGGCGGCGCUGGCCGCGGCGGCGGCGCGGCGUCAUCAGCUGCAUCAGCAUCCGCAGCAGCUUGGGGCCGCGGCCGAGGCAGUGCGGGCGGUCGGGACAGUCGGAGCGUGGAGCGCGUAGGCGGCCGGGACGGUGCCGGCCGCGGCCGCGGGCGCGGCGCGGAAGGCCGCGGCACCGAAGGCCGCUUCGCCGGAGGCCGCAGCGGCCGGGCUGUGGUGCGCAAGUCGGCUUUGGAGCUGGCGGCAGAGGCGGCGCCGCCGUCGACACCCGAAGAGCUCGAGGCCCUUCGCAUUCCGCCCAACUUCAUGUUCAAAGGCCUGCCGCCGCUGCCCUCCCUGGAGGGCCCUUCGCCGCUGCAGCAGGCGGCAAAGGCGGCGCCGCCGGUGGAGGGCAAGCCGCCGCUGGCGCCGCCCCCCGUGCGGCGUGACAUUGCGGCGGCGGGGCGGCGGCCGGGUGUGAUGCCGUCGCACCGCUAGUAGCCGAGGGCUGGGUGUGCAGGGGUCAUCGCGCCAUCGCGCCGUCAGCAUAGGGCGGCAGCAGAGCGCUGUGGAGGGCCGGGUCGCCCCUGGUGGGGGGCAUCGCCUGGUGCGGUUUGCCACGCCGGUCGCAACACGACGUGGGUGAGGGCCGUGGGGCCUUGUAGGAGGAGUGGGCGCUGCAGGGGGGAAACAGGGGGGAGAAUGGCACGCGAGAGCCGUGUGAUUAAGGGGUUUCAGAUAGUCAGGGCUGGGUUUCUGUGCCACCGUUCAUCGAGGUUUGCAGGCAGGUGGUGCGCUGGAGUGGGGGAUAGAAGCAGGCUGUCAGUAUGAGUCCGCGGCGGGUGUUGCAUCAGACAGCGAGAAACGUCCGGGGCGUCAACCUGGUCAUUGCCAAGGUGUGUUAACACUAUCUGUAAAACGCUGAUGCG